AUGUAUCUGCAUAAUUCCCAUCCUAUUGAAUUAAAUAAUCCAAGUGCUGCCCCAUAUCCACUGGCAGGACCAUUUAUGUACAAUAAUGCCUAUCAUAAUUUCCCUACAAUGAGUGAAUUGAAUACCUUGUCAAAUCGUACAGAUCAUUCGCCGACCUCAGAACAGACGACAACAGCACAACCAUUGGAGAGAAUUUCAUCAUAUUGCAGUUAUCCGCAUCAAUCGUUUCAUCAAACGUUUGGAAAUGAGACAAUGAAAUCCAAUAAAACCAGUGAGCAGAUGAACUCAAAUCCUACAACACCAUGUGAUUUACGUAUUGAAGCAGGAGAGAAUGUCACUGAUGCUACAGAAGCCCUACAGAAUACACAGACAAGACUAGAUAAUAACGGCAAUAAUAAUAAUAAUAAUAAUAAUUCAUGGCAUAAAUUGAAUUCCUCUCAUCCAAUGUUUCCGUAUCAUGCUUCACAGGUUGAUAAUGACACGUCAUCCAGUAGUUAUAAUAAUAAUAAUAUGAAUAAAUAUAUGAACAAUACAUCAAGAUAUUAUGAUCAAUACUUAUAUAAUUCUAUAUUCCCUCCUUAUGCCUAUGGUGGUUCCUUUCCAACAGCCUAUCCAACAUCAAAUAUGCUGUCUAGCACAUCACCAGUACUUCCACCGGCGCCAUCACAUCCUCAACAAUAUCUUGAUGAAUGUCAUCGACAACACUUGCCGUUGAUGAAUCGGACUACUUUCCUCUCGUCACAGUUUAAUUCAAAUCCAUUUUUAAAUAUUCUCCCGCCUAAUAGUCAUUUUACACAAAAUAACAGCUGUGGUAUUACUGGUAAUGGAAAUAAUUCAAAAACACCGUCAGCAAUCGGUACUCCUGUUACUCCUGCUACGACUACAACUAAGGAAAUGAAUCGUACACGUAAUCAUUUGAAAAGAAAAUCAAUGCAUGAGGAUAAUUUGAAUAUGAUGCUUGUACAACAUGAACAUAAGCCCCAUUCAUAUCAUCCCAUCAACAACAACAACACCAACAACAACAGAAUCCUAAUUCUUCUUAUUUGA